GUCUUCCGCCCGCCUGACUCUGACGCCGCCGUGACGUCACUGCGUCGAGGCGGAAGAAGACAGCUGAGGAAAUAACAAGAAAGCUCGGAAGGGAGAGGCUGCUGUUGGAAGGUGACACCCCUCACUGCCUUCCUGAAAAGGGAUCCCAUAAUAUAGCUGUAGGGUCGAACUUCUGCCAAAAUGGAUCUGUUGUUUGGACGCCGGAAAACCCCAGAGGAGAUGCUGCGGCAAAAUCAACGGGCACUGAAUCGUGCCAUGAGAGAGCUGGACCGUGAGCGACAGAAAUUGGAAACACAAGAGAAAAAGAUUAUUGCUGACAUCAAGAAGAUGGCCAAACAGGGGCAGAUGGAUGCAGUAAAGAUUAUGGCAAAAGACCUGGUGCGGACAAGGCGUUAUGUGAAGAAAUUCAUCAUGAUGCGAGCUAACAUCCAAGCAGUGUCCCUCAAGAUACAAACCCUUAAGUCAAACAAUUCCAUGGCUCAAGCAAUGAAGGGUGUCACCAAAGCCAUGGCCACUAUGAACAGACAGCUCAAGUUGCCCCAGAUCCAGAAGAUCAUGAUGGAAUUUGAGAAGCAGUCAGAGAUCAUGGACAUGAAGGAGGAGAUGAUGAAUGAUGCCAUUGAUGAUGCCAUGGGAGAUGAAGAAGAUGAAGAGGAAAGCGAUGCUGUUGUAUCCCAGGUGCUGGAUGAGCUAGGCUUGACGUUGACUGAUGAGUUGUCAAAUCUGCCUUCAACUGGCGGUUCUCUGAGUGUGGCAGGAGCAAAGAAAGCCGAGAGCCAGGCAGCUCUUGCCGAUGCUGACGCAGAUUUGGAGGAGCGACUAAAGAACCUGCGGCGGGACUAAAAGCGAAGAAACCCAGCUCUCCCCUCUCCAGCGUGGUCUGGGCCUGAAGAUCCUCCUGACUUUAGGACAACCUCUGCCGUGUCAAAGGGGUAGAGCUGUGCACACUUGUGGGGAGUUGCUGUGGGCAGAAUGAGGGGUUUGUUUAAAUGGAACUGUGUACCGCUUUAACUCCUCCUUUUCCUUUUAUAAGGACUUUCGGCAUCACCUGGUGAGGUUGUCGGGGUUAAGGGUUUUUCUUUUUUUCAUUUCCUGUUCCUUGUAAAUGGCUCCUUUCCACAAACUUGAGUGGAUUGGAGAUUCGUCUAAGUUCUCUUCUAAAUGGAGGAUGACAUAAUCUAAUGUAAUCACUACCCAGUCCUCAAUGUUCUUCUGGCACCGAUGGUCGGGGAGGAAUGGAGAGGAGAACGAGAGCACCUUGGCUGUUUACCACCUGGAAUGGUGGCAAGAGCCUUUUCCAGCACUUUCUUGGCUUAUAGCUUUAUAUACAGCUCUGCCCCCUGGAAGCGGGUCGGCCUCGCCAUUGUGUCCAUCUGCCUCUUGUAAUAAAGGUUGUAGAUUUGUA